AUGAAAGACCUAUUAAAUAAAAGCAACAGAGAAAAGAACCUAUUUAAGAGUUAUUAUUGUGCUGAACAAGCCGAAGCCAAGGAAUAUUCUAAUUAUCAGCAAGUUUAUCAGCAAAAAGUUUUGGAAAGAGAAGCAAGAAAUAAGCAAUACCGAUUAUUAAAGAAUUAUCAAGGGUGUAAGAAGUGUGGGAGUUUGGCAGUUGAUGCUUAUGAUUUGCAUGAGAAUAACCGAUUAGUUUGCCAGCCUUGUCGGAUGAAAAAAGAGGGUGGUUCGUCCAGUCCGAUUAGUUUUGCAGAACAGCAAAAACGCCAGCAAUUAGAAAGUUUAAAAGCCCAAUUAGAGCAAAAAAAGCAAGAAGCCCAGCAGAAUUACCAAGCCCAAAAAAAUUAUUUGGAACUAACCGCUACAUUAGCGAAAAGUCCUCAAAUACAGGCUUUUUUUACUGAUUUACUGACAACUUACGCCCAACGCUUUGCGAAUAGUCAAAACCUUGAUAUUUCUCACACUCCACUAGUUUUUGAAGGACUUUAUUGGGACAAAAAAACAGGACACGGCUUCGGGGAAAUGGGUCGCUGUUUUCGGCAAACACUCUUUUAUCCUCGCCACGAAAAAAAUAUUGCUAUUGGUCUUAAUCGCUUAUAUUUAUUGAAUAAGUUUGACAAUAAUCGCUACUUUCCUAAUUAUCCCCAAGGAGAUUUUUCUUAUUUAGAUAUUAGUUUUGUCAGUAUGAUUAAAACUUGUUCGCAUGAAAUCGCUCAUUAUAUUCAGUUGAUUAAGCAUGGCAAAAGUAGUUGCGAAAGUGAUUUAAAGCUUAAUAAUGGUAAAUAUAACGCUGAAUUAGCGAAAGAGCAUAAAGAAUUCACAGGGGAAAUUUAUGGGAUGGUUAAGAAUUCGGGGGAAUAUUCAGAGUGA